AUGUCAAGCCUGUGUCCGAGCCUUCAGCUAUUCCAGAUCAAGCGACAUCUGAAACGUGCAGCAUGUGACCAAGAGCCCAGCAACCCCAACAUUUACGGGAUUGAUCUAUCGUCUGCCAGCAAGUUCCGCGCUGACACUAAGCUUGCCUCUCUUGCUAAGGGUGCUUCCACACCUUCCGGAUACUUCAACACCUUCACAAACUUGCAAGGUGUCAGCAGUGCUUAUGGGUACAUGGGGUACAAAGUGGUAGAAAGCUACGACCCAUCUCUUUGCGCAUCCGAGUGUGACUCGAAGUCUGGACGUCUCAGCUUCAACAUUUAUGUGGAGCGUGACCCUUUGGCGAACCCGGGACCUGACUGCCAGGACCCCGAAGCUGUCGCCAACAUCAACUGCUCUUUCUGGAAGAAGUUCGAAGUCGCCAUUGCUGGAAGUAAUGGAUACUCGUCUCUUACAACACAAUCCGCCGAAGGUUACAAGCAAGUUGAGCUAAAGAACAGUGCCAUCAACUCACCCCUCGACUGCAACAAGCAGGGAUCAUACAUGGGCUACAAGCUGUUCGUUCAAAAUGCAUUUGAUGCCAAGCUCUGUGCGACUGCUUGCAAGGAAACCAACAAGUGGGCACUGGAACAUCCCCCCGCCGAAGGCAAGCCCCAACUCUGCCGCUACUUCAACACCUACAUCCUGCUCAAAAACGGUGUUUCCCAGGGUCAAUACUGCUCCAUGUACACCCAGGAGCGGGACGCUUCCUUCGCCACAAAUAACGGACAAUACCGCGGCGAUGACCACUACACUAUCCAGUACAGCUUUGGCUUCACUGACGAGAGCGACGACGGUGUGCCUGUAUGCCCAAAUGACAUCUCAUACCUCAAGUCAAGCGGCCAGGAGUUCUGCAGCAGCUACAUCAGUUAUGAGCAGCCGACCACAACUGCGACCGCAACCGCUACUACGACGCCAGCCCCUCUGACGAAUACAAUCACAAGGAUAUCAACUUCCUACACUACUGCGAUCACGACUGUCACUGCUGCCAAAUUCGCCGGAAGACAUGCUCGACGUGCGGAUAAUGGCACAGAAGUGUCUCACGAUAUCAUUGUUGACCCUUACGAGAUCUCCAUCGUGGCUGUUCAAACCAUUUCUCCCGAGGACGCAGGUAUGCCAAAGCUCAACGACACUAUGGCAGCGGAGCUCAAUGGCGGCGCCAUCGAAAAACGUGACCUCGCGACUCCAGCCUCUAUCGCAGCUUGGCCCACCAGCAAAAUCUCCGCAGCUUGCUCUCAGGUCGCUACCGGAACUGCUACAAGGACCGCAACCAUAACUGCGACCGCGCCCACCCCACUCGCGACUGAGACUAAAGACUCCUUCCGGACUGUGGUUGUCGCUCAGAGCACUUGCACAGCUCCCGCACCCAGGCCAACAGCUCCUUCGUACACCAAGAUUGUUGGUGGCGAGCCAUCGGAAGGCGUGCCUAUAGUACCUGGUCCUGCGGACGGCAGGCAUUUCUACGAACAAUUCAGCCUCGCGCUACCUUUCCCAGUCAAAAUCUUUGAGACUUCAUCUGCCCAAAUUUCCAUUGCUAUCAGAGGAUACAUCACAGUCGGGCCGUAUACAUUCAAUGCAUUUGCAGACGAGCUCUACGUCUAUGGUCCUGGUUGGAAUCAAGGUCUGUUCUACCGUGUCGACGGCGCCAUUGGCUCUCGCAAAAUCCACUUCUCUUGCUUCACAGGUAGCGUCUACUGGGGACACGAGCGCUUCCACAUCACAGCCACUUUUGACGAAGCUAGGCCUGGUAUCCUUGUCAGCAAGAUUUUCGACACUUGGAGUCAAGUCAAUCCUAGACGUACGAUCUCUGUUACUGGCAACGGCAAGAACAUCCCCUUCGCUCAGUAUCGGUCUACCAGCGUGCACGAGGGCCAGGAGAUUACCUUCGAUACUACAGGUGCUGGAAGCGUUUCAGCCAAGGACUUUGAUCGCAUUGACUGUUGCAAGAAGACGGGAUGGGAGUGGCAUGUGUGCUCAGAGGUUUAG